AUGGAAAACAAGUGUUGCGGUGACUGGAACUUCAGAGGCAGCCAUGCGGCCAGGGAAGCCUCAACUGCCCACCUAGGCUUUUACUCCUCUAAAAUCUUGGCUCAGUGCGAUUUUGAGAAGACCAUUUAUCCUCCUCUAGGUGAACCCGCUUUGGCUCACGAUGUGGCUGAAAAUGCGGUUGUUCAAGCCGUCCAGAACGGCAGAGGAAACGCUUAUGCUCCUAGUAUAGGCCUUCCAGCGGCCAAAAAGGCCGUAGCAGAGUACCUAAACCGUGAUCUUCCAAAGAAACUGGCACCAGAAGAUGUGUUUAUGACCGUUGGGUGCAAACAAGCCAUCGAGCUCGCGGUUGACCUCUUGGCUAAACCAAAAGCCAACGUCCUGAUUCCGAGCCCUGGCUGGCCAUGGGAAGUAGCUCGAUGCAUCUACCAGAAACUUGAGAUCCGCAAUCAUACGUUCCUCCCCGAAAAGAACUUUGAGAUCGACUUUGAAAGCGUCCGAAAGCAUGCGGAUAAGCACACGUUUGCAAUAUUUAUAAUCAAUCCUCACAAUCCCCAUGGGAACACCUACUCCAGAGCCCAUCUCAAUGAUCUUGCUAACUUGGCCAAGGAACUCGGGAUAAUGGUGGUUUCUGACGAAGUUUAUCGAUGGACUGUGUUUGGGAAUAAUCCCUUUGUUCCCAUGGCGACUUUCUCGGAUAUUGUACCUGUGAUGACACUUGGGUCCAUAUCGAAGGGAUGGUGUCUCCCCGGAUGGCGAACUGGCUGGCUCGCCCUGCACGACCUAGAUGGUGUCUUUAAAUGCACCGAGGUCGUGAGUGCUGCUAAAGAAUUUCUUGGGAUAACUUCUAAACCACCAACUGUUAUCCAGGAGGCUAUUCCUACCAUCUUGAACGAGACUCCUAAAAGUUUCUUCGAUACUAGGCAAAGCUAUCUGAGAGACAAUGCGGAAUUGGCUUAUUCUAGGCUUGAUGACAUACCUUCCCUUAAAUGCGAUUUUAAACCUGAAGCAUGCACCUUCCUAUGGACCAAACUGAUUUUAGAGAAGUUUAGAGACAUUAACAAUGAUCUAGACUUCUGUAAAAUGCUUGCUCGUGAAGAAAACCUUGUCGUUUUGCCAGGGAUUGCUUUUGGUGAUCGGAGUGGCUGGGUGAGGCAUUCUAUCGAUAUGGAUACUCUUACUUUGAACAUAGCCUUUGAUAAAUUGACGGACUUCUGUGACCGCCAUACGAAUUUUUCAUUGGCAAUGGCCAGUUCCACUACAGAUGGAGCUUAA